CAGAGCAUGAAGGCCACAACCCCAACAAAACUGAAGCCAGCCGUGCAAUACUUCAUGUAAGGAUGUCCUUGUAGUCUUCUCUGAAACACUAAUGCCUAAGCUACUGACGUGGACAAAAUGAUCUUUGCCUCCAGAAGCUACGAGAUGGACAACUCAACGAGCACAGAUGCUCCAAACCAGCCCUGCGCCCGGAACACCGUGAUCAUGCAGCAGGUCAUUCCCGUGCUGUACUGUGGGGUCUUCAUCAUGGGUGUCCUCCUCAACGGAGUAUCAGGAUGGGUCUUCUUCUAUGUGCCCAGCUCGAAGAGUUUUAUCAUCUAUCUCAAGAACAUCGUUGUGGCUGACUUUCUGAUGAGCCUGACCUUCCCUUUCAAGGUCCUCGGUGACUCAGGCCUCGGUCCCUGGCAGGUGAAUGUGUUUGUAUGUAGGGUCUCUGCAGUGAUCUUCUAUGUUAACAUGUAUGUCAGCAUUGUGUUCUUUGGGCUCAUCAGCUUUGACAGGUACUAUAAAAUUGUAAAGCCCCUUUUGACUUCUGUUAUCCAUUCAGUGAAUUACAGCAAACUGCUGUGUGUGUUUGUGUGGAUGCUGAUGCUACUCCUUGCUGUCCCAAACAUCAUCCUGACAAACCAGAGUGUCGAGGAGGUUACAAAAAUUCAAUGUAUGAAACUAAAAAAUGAGCUGGGACGGAAGUGGCACAAAGCAUCUAACUAUGUCUUCGUGGGCAUUUUCUGGAUUGUGUUUCUUCUGCUAAUCAUCUUCUACACUGCCAUAACGAGGAAGAUCUUCAAGUCUCACCUCAAGUCCAGAAAGAAUUCCAUCUCUGUCAAAAGGAAGUCUAGCCGCAAUAUAUUCAGCAUUGUGCUGGUAUUUUUUGUCUGCUUUGUACCUUACCACAUUGCCAGAAUCCCCUACACAAAGAGUCAGACAGAAGCCCAUUACAGCUGCCAGUCAAAGGAAACCCUGCUCUAUGUGAAAGAAUUUACGCUGCUACUCUCUGCUGCAAAUGUAUGCCUGGACCCCGUUAUCUAUUUCUUCUUAUGCCAGCCAUUUAGGGAAGUCUUAAAUAAGAAGUUACACAUCUCAUUAAAAGUACAGAAUGAAGAAGAACAAACCAAAAGGGGAAAUACAAUUCAUGAAAGCACAGAUACUUUGUAAAUUCCCGUCCCCUUCCAGGUAUUGUCCAUCUUGCUACAUAAUUAAGAUGUAUGAAUACAAAACAUGCUUAUGAUGAUAAGUAAGUCAUCUAGCAAUACUAUCCAAUAAUUAAGCAUGAAUCCAAAAAAAAGUACAAUAGAAUUCAGACAUAAGUUUCCAUGUAAGACGGAAGUCUGCCACACAUCAAAAUAUUUCAGAAAUCGAAUGAAGAAACGGCAUAUGGGUGUUGGUCUAUGAGUUACCAGAACUAAAUUCCUUCUCUGCUAUUAACUGGCUUCUUAGAAGACACCCAGUCUUUCAGAUGCUCCUCCUAAGUAUUCUUCUAAGGAAUGCUCAUAUCUAUGUCAUGCUUUGUGCUAUGUAUGUACCAAUAAAUGUCUUCA